AUGGAGCCGCGAACCAUCUACCUGAUUUCAUCUCGGCCUAGCCCACACCAGCGUGCACAUUUUGCAUUAUGGGUCCCUUCAGCAGCAAACCCGCAGGUCGGCAGCUCGAUACAUGUUGUUGGGGCACCAAUGGCUGGCUUUGCACUCGAAUUUAAGCGAGGUUAUAAUCCAGCUUUAACCGGAACAGACCACGAGAUUUGGCCUAUCGGGCAGGUUGAUUCGUCUCAUAUUGUCGAGGUUCCGGAUCCCGGACGAAUUAUCACUGAGAACACCCCCAGAGGGAACCUAGAGAUCGCAGCGACACAAGUGCGACCUCCUGGAAUCAGCGUAAAUUUCAUGGCUCCGGUGAACGAUACUACAAAUAAAAGAUGUCAAGAGUGGACCAUGGAAUACGUCCGCCACCUGGUUGCGAAAGGAUACAUCUCAGCUGAAGCGAUCCAAAUCGUCCAAUCUCACCGUGACCAUCCCAGCUUUGGAAUUGGAUUGCGCCCAGUACCGAGGUAG